AAAAUCAGUUAAAAGUAUAAAUUCGUUACUGCUCGGAAACAAACUCAACAGAAGUAUUUCAAUAUAGCAGGAAUCAAGUAAACGUAGUGAUUCCGAAAUUAAAUUAAUCAGAAUGAAAAGUUUUGCACUAGCUGUUUUUCUCCUUCUGGGACUCAGUGCUGUCCUUGGAGGACGUCCGAAGGCGGAACAAGUGCUUGAAGAAGUAGAAAAGCUUCGACCACGCUAUCAGGAGAUUCAAGACUACGUAAUUCAUACCAUCAGUGAUGCCCGAUUAAGCAGCUCGGCAACCCUCGCCAAAUUCCACUCCGACAUUUUGAAAGUGAAAUCCACCUUUGUGAUCGAUGCCAUCAAGAAGGAGAACAAUAUGCUAUACCAGAUCAAUAAUCAACCAGCUUCAAUAGACAAAAAUUGCCUUGCUUUUGUUCAAACGUUGGGCGACAGUAUUAUGAACCUGGCUGGCACCAGUUUCUCUAGCUGCAUUGCCGAUUCCAGUGACAGUUUGGAGAAGAGGAUUAACGAGUUUUACGCCAAGCUACAACAAGAUGAAAAGGACUACAUUGGACUCGGUUUGUUGAACGUUUUCAAGGGUGAGAACAUUUUCUACACCCCAGAUGUGCUCAUCGCCAAACUGAAAUCCAGAUACGAAGCUUUGGAGAGCUAUCCAACCUACCUGAGCGAAGAUUUGGCUCGUAUUAUCAAUUCGUUGAACGCUGAUUUGGAGUCCUUGGAAGUGAGCUACGUUGUCUGUAUGACCGAAAGUGAGCAGCGACUUCGCGAUGGUUUCAUCCUGGCACACAGCCACAUGGAAUUAACCUGCAAAGCUGUUUCGGUACCAGCACCAUCAUCUCCGGAAACGGUAGAACCCAGCGUGCCUGAAUCGAUGUCAUGGCCAAACACCGAAGCCGUCAGACUGCUUCGUGAACGUUUUGGACUGUAAACUGAACGAUAAUUGAUCGCGUGAUUAUUUCAAUAAAGAAACUAAGUUUUCAUAUAAUACUAGAAUCAAACGUUGCUUCGCCAUAGGAUAUUUGGUAUUGCAAAUAAGAAUUGCUCUCAUAUUAACAGAUAUUCAUACUUUUUAGUCGUUUCCCCAUUUAUGGUUUAUGACAGAAACGUUAAACGAAUUGCCAAUACACAUUGAUAUAUCAACCAUG